CUUUGGCCUUCACACCUUUCUACUCCUAUCACUUCCUCUGAUACAUGUCUAUAAAACAGUGAUGCAGAGUUAAUUUCUGUUUCUGUCAGAUGCUGUAUUGAGUGAUGGGAAUUUGGAAACACGGCUCAGUUCCACAGAUGCAGCAGCUAGCCAGCAUAUGCUGGUCUGUGCUCUACAGGAGCUUGGCAAUCUCAUACAUGGUCUGGGCACGACUGCCACACCUUUGCUGCAGGAUUCCAGUACAGGCCUUCUUGACGGGGUCAUCGCUGCUGUCCCUCACCCCAGUGUCUCUGUGCGGCUGGCUGCAGCGUGGUGCUUGCACUGCAUCGCCGUGGCACUGCCCUCCCUGCUAACGCCGCUCCUGGAUCGCUGCCUCGAAAGGCUCACGGCUCUGAAGUCUUCGCCGGAAGCAGUGACCGGCUUUAGUUUUGCUGUGGCCGCUUUGCUAGGUGCCGUGAAGCAUUGUCCUUUAGGAAUUCCUCACGGGAAGGGCAAGGUAAUGGUUUCGUUCUCCGUAACACUGUGUUCAGUUUUUCGUGAAAACAUGUUCCUUUUAUUCUAUCAUCCACUUAAGCCAUGCAGGAAACUGUCUUCAGCAAUCACCAUAUUACUCUCUAAAGGUCGAAUACCAUCAGUGUAAUUGCCAUGAAAAAUGCUGGGUGGUUUUAAAGUAUUUUGUCCACACGUUUACCAGUAAUACUUCCUGGGUCACUGAUUCGGUGCUUGCCUAGUAUGCAUGAGCCCUGGGUCUGAUCCCAGGACUCGGUGGGGUAGAGGAGCACUCCUGUGCUUUUUAUUAGAAGUAUCUCUGUGUCAUGACAGAAUUUGCUAUGUAUCUAGCCUCGCCACAUAAGUUUAUUUAAAAUCCUAUUGUAGUCUCAGGUUUUUCUUUAUAUUGCAUAAAUCUUUUGCCUUUUAAAAUACUAUCAUAAAGCUGGGCAUGG